ACUGGAGACGGAAGUGACGCAGCGGCGCGUCUACGGUUCUCCACGCAUGCGCGAAAUAAAGCGCACUGGGCCUCGCGGCGUACCGUAGUUUGGGCGCGUGCGCGCAAAAUGUAAACAGAAGAAGACGAAAAAAUGGAGGGAAGCGAAGCAGUAAUCGAGACGUUGUCAAACGACAACGCUACAACAGCACACAGCACUGAUGAAUCCACGGGAAUAUCAUCACAAGGUGUAAACUCCGAAGCAGCUUGUAAAGUCUCCAAAAAAGACGAGCCUCGAGGGAGCAGGUUGAAGCUGUACGAUAAAGUCAUUGAGAAAAGCCUGGAAACGUUCAUGGACAUGGCCAGUUCUGACAGGUUUUCCAGCAUGUUCCAUCAGCUCUACAAGUUAAACCCUCAGAGAAUGGAAAACAUUCACAAGCAGUUUGUAGACGAGUUGCGGAGAGCUGUCAAGGAUGAUAUCAGCAAACUGAAUGAAGAAGCGGGACUAGAGUCCAAACUAAAUGAGCUGGACAAACUGGAAAGUGCUGCUAAAAUCAAUCCAGACCCUCAAUGGCGUCCCUCUGGGGUUCCAGAACAAGACUUUAGCGGCUUUAUAAUGCCGUUGUAUCAAAAGCAGGAGGCUUACUUGCGGCGGGAGCUCAAAAAGAUCCAGGCUGAGAAUGCUGCCCUUGCACAAAAAGUUCAGGCUGGUAGGGAAAAGAUUGCUCAGACCGAACAUCGGAUUUCCACAGCUGUUGCUCAGUGGGAGGCAUCGGCCACUGAAUUUGAAAGCCUGGCAUCAUCAUUAUGCCCUGCAGAUGUUUUUGAUGAUUAAUCUUUCAAAUAAUUGGCUGAUUUAACGGAUACAACUCUCUAUUUUUUCUUGUAUAUAUAUAUAUAUAUAUAUAUAUAUAUAGUUUUUUUGUACUCAAUAAAUGAAAUUGAUGAAAAGCAUGUGCUUCUUGGGGUGUGUGCCAUAAUCGCAUGCGCACAAUGACCAGGUAUUACGGUAAUUUGCCUGUUUACUCAUGACAUCACGUGAAAACGUCACAAAGCGAGAACAUUUCAAUGGAGAAACCACAGUGUCUUGUAAACCUGUAGAACCAGACGUUUACGUCUCGAGUAUUAGAACAAUAGCGAUAGGGAUGACGGAAAUAUUCUCAACUUUAUUUGGUCAAAAUGAAACUCAG